CUUACAUAGAAUUUAAUGAAGCUCAACGAUAUUCAAUUGAUUGAUACUUCUCUUUAGUUCUAUGUAGCAAGCUGCAAACGAUGCAAACCGAGCUCGUCCUCCGCGGAGUACCUAUUGGCCCGAGCUUCGAGACCCUUUCAGGUUCACACCGUGACCAUACAAUCUUGUUCUCUACCAGAUACCAAGCUCACUUAUUUCUUCAUUGCCGCAACAGUUGGACAUGGCCGGCACACAAGACCCGUCCGCGUUGGAGGAAAUUCUCUGGCGAUCUCCACCACACAUUCAGAUGAUGGGCGGAUAUCUCCAUUCGAAUAACAUCCUCUUCUACUUCGCCGAAUCUCCUUUCUUCGAUGCGACCUCGAACAAUGCCUCCCUAGCAAUCCAAGCGAACUACAAUGAAGCCUUCCGUCACUUCGUGGAGACAAGAGAGGCAUUCGAAGGCCGCCUGAAGACCAUGCAAGGUCUAGAGUUUAUAGUUGGCUACGACCCGUUACAGGCCGCAGCGGGUUCGAAUGCCCAAUUUGCACAUGAGCCGUCCAACGUGUGGGUGAUUCGGAAACAGAUGAGGCGGAAACGAUCGGGCUUUGAAGACGAGGUCGGAGUCUUGGCUACAUUCUUUGUGGUUGGGGACUGCAUCUACAUGGCUCCUUCGGCUGCAAGUAUCUUGGGGAAUAGGAUUCUUUCGGCGGUCACUUCUCUUUCAAGCUUGAUGAAGACUGCGUCGACAUUACCCAACUUCACACCGUCGCAUGGACACACGUACCUUCCGCCGGUGCCCAAAUCUACAGAUGCAGGCCAACUAGGCGUACAGACGCAGACAAGCAAAGAGAACACGCCAAUGCCGGAUGAUACGACGAACAAAACGCAGUCUUUUACCGGGACGCAAGCCGACACCAGCUCUUCGGUGAGCGAUAUGAUGACUCUCGCAGAGUCAUUCAACCUUCUAGCUCGAUAUGGAGACGAAUUCAUGGAUGAGACUCCGUUGGUGGGAGAGCCGGGAUCCUUUAUUUUGUCUAGGGCAGGGGAUACAGACCGAGGCGCUACAUCUAAACAGCAACAACACACAAGCACUGCCGCUCCAGGCCGAAUUGGAACACCACAAACCAAGAUUGAUACGCCCGGGAAAUUCACCGAUAAAAGCAGCACUGCAGAGGAGCCCAAGCGGAAGAAGAAAAGCAAACCAGGUAGUUAGCCUCGAAUGGAUGUUAACAUUGUGAUACCCAUAGCCAGUGAAUUCAUGCACCUGAGCCCAAACAUAACAUCCCUCGUGAUAUGUAGAUGCCAAAAGAUCAUCCACCACAACUUAGCAUUGGGCGGAAAGGGACGC